AUGCCUAAAUGUUAUAAAAUUGUGUUUUUAGGGUCAAAAAAGGUUGGGAAAACUGCGAUUAUUGAACAGCUGGUUCACGGACAUCAUAAUAUAGGAUCUGUAAGUGAAACAACUCAACACAUUUUGCUUUAUUUUGGUAUAAAUGCAUUUUUACGCAGCUAUUUAAGAUUUGAAUCCAUAUGUUAGAUUGUUAAUCACGUACAGUACAAAGGUACAGCGGAUGGUCAGGGCUGCUGAGAGGGAGGGGGGAUGGUCAGGGCUGCUGAGAGGGGAGUGUGGGGGAACUUUGUAAAACACCAUUUAGCCCCUUUUACAAUCAUGAUGUCAUAGAGGGGGGGGGGGCCUAGGAAAGUUAUAAUAAAAUAACAAAACAAGGCAUUUGCUUCCUACUUUCAGAGUUUACAUCCAACCAUUGAAGAUAUUUACGAGGUGUUGAUAGAAAACGAUCAAAGCGUGAAAGAAAAAGUGAGAAUAUUUGAUACAGCUGGACUGGUAAGGGUAAUGAUAUUUUAAGUAUGUAUACAUAUUUUAACAUUAUGGAGGGGGGGGGCAUUGGGGGGUAUUCAAUACCGUAAUACCGCAAGCAAAUUUUGUCAAUUACCGGUUCCGCAGUUUUGAGUCCAAAAUUGCAAAUACCGUGUACCGCACGAUUUCCAAUAUCGUAAUACCGCAAUUUUUCAAGGAAAAUACCGAAAUACUGUAAGAAAAAUAAGCUAAUACCAACUGAUUGGAAAGAGGCUCUAGUAAAACCCCUUCUAAAAAAACCAGGACUAGCUGCUUUGUUCAACCAUCUGCGUCCGAUCAGUAACUUGCAGUUUAUCUCUAAACUAGUUGAGCGAGCAGUUUAUGAUCAGAUCUAUGACCAUUUGAUGUUGCAUGAUUUAUUCCCGGAGUAUCAGUCCGCAUACAGGCAAGGAUACAGUACUGAGACCGCCCUUCUGAAGGUCCAAAACGACAUACUUUUGAAUAUGGAUUGUCAGCAGGUUACCCUUCUUGUUCUUUUGGACCUUAGUGCAGCGUUCGAUACUGUCGAUCACCGCAUUUUAUUGCACCGAUUGGAAACAUCUUUUGGGAUUACAGGAACUGUGCGAAAGUGGUUUGAAUCCUACCUAUCUGGACGAUGUCAGCGAAUAGCAUUUAAAGAUGGAAUCUCUGACAUUUUUCCAUUAACGUGUGGCGUACCUCAGGGCUCAUGUUUGGGACCGCUGCUUUUUACCAUGUAUGCAAGUAAACUAUUUGAUGUUAUUAAAGAACAUUUACCAACUGCGCAUGCAUAUGCUGAUGACACGCAGCUUUAUUUGUCGUUUAAACCAGGGAACGGUGCGAGUGAGGAAGAGAGUAUCGCAGCGAUGGAGACAUGCAUUAAGGCAGUACGUACGUGGAUGACUAAGGACAAAUUGAAACUGAAUGAUAGUAAGACUGAGUUUUUGAUUAUCGGCACAAGGCAACAAUUAAAAAAAGUGAACAUUGUCUCGCUUCCUGUAGGCGAUGUCAACAUUACACCGGUAGCAUCUGCUAGGAAUUUGGGGACUGUGUUUGAUAGCAAUCUGUGUUUGGUACCCCAUAUCAACAAUACAUGUAGACAAGCAUUUUUCCACCUACAUAAUAUUCGCAGAAUUAGAAAAUAUCUCUCCGUUGACGCAACUAAAAUCUUAGUCCAUGCCUUUAUCAUGGGAAGAGUGGAUUAUUGUAACAGCCUUCUCUAUGGUCUUCCAGCAAAGUCUGUAAAUAAGUUACAACGUGUACAGAAUGCGGCAGCCCGGCUGGUUUCCGGUGCUUUUCGUUUCAAUCACAUUACUCCAGUUUUAUAUGAGCUCCAUUGGCUGCCUGUCAAGGAGAGAAUAAUCUUUAAGAUAUCUGUAUUGACUUUUAAAGCAAUACAUGGAUUAGCGCCAUCAUACAUAAGUGAAAUGGUAACAGUUAUGAUACCAAGUAGCUAUCAGCUGCGCAGAAAUAAGGAACUAUUGAUAGAGCCAGCUAAUAACAGAAAUACGAAGAAGACUUUAGGUGAUAGAGCUUUUAGUUUUGCAGCUCCUACAGUUUUUAAUGCCUUGCCGCAUUUUAUCAGACGAGAUAGUAAUUUUAAUAGCUUUAAGUCUUCAUUGAAAACAUAUCUUUUUCAAAUUGCAUAUUGUACAUAGAUUUAUCCGCUUAUUUUAGUAUAUGUAAAUAUUAUUACUAUUACUAUAUCUUUGUUACGCGCAUUUGAUCAUAUUCUCAUGUAAAUUUGCGCGAUAUAAAUAUUAAAUUAUUAUUAUUAUUAUACCGUAAAUCCCAAUAUCCCCUUCAUGAUGUCUUUGAACUAGUUUGCUACAGACUUUGAUGAAUAAACCAUUCAUAUACAAUGAUUUCGAAUCAAUAUUGUUUCAGGAAUCCAAUAAUUCUGAAUUGAGUAAACAUGUUGCGAUUGCUGACGUAAGUUAUAAAUAAGUUACAUCUCAUUAAUAGAGAGCUUAGUAAACAAGUAAUGUUUUUGUUUCAUGAAUGUGGGCUGGAAGUAAAUGGCACUAUGGCACUGUUCUAGAUAUGGCAACAGUUGUUCUUGUUUGAAAUCCCAAAUGAGAAACUGCAUUAACUGCCUUUUUUAUUUCCAGUAUGAUCACGAACUGCUUAAACGCCAUAAUUAACAAAUAAAUUAUACGUGUGAAUGUCCAUGUUGUCAAAACAUAUUUACACGAAUGAGUGAACUUUAUAUUCAGAAUAAUUUUUAAUAUAAUUUAUUUUUAAUUAUUUUUAAUAAUUUUAUUUUUUUUAUAAUUUUUUUUUCAGCCCUAAUUUUUUUCUUUUUUAUAAAUCAGGGCUUUGUGCUAGUGUACAGCAUCACAUCAAAGUCAUCCUUGACUGUCAUUGAAAAUGUUAAAAAGGAACUUGAGAAAAAGGGAAAGGAGGUUAGUUGUUCUUCUCAACAUAUAUUAACCCAUUGAGUGCAUUAGACUCUCCCCUAGAUGAGUAAAAUCGUCUGACGUUAGACAGAGUAAAAGAAUAAAGUAGGGCACAUUUGGAAGCAUUGCUGUUUAAUGGGUUAACAAGACACAUUAACAGAUUGUUUGGUUAACCCAUUAGAGUGCAAGACUCUCUCAUUGACGAAUAAAAUUGUCUGGCAUUAGACAAAAUAGAAGAAUGAAGUAGGGCACAUUGCUGCUUAAUGGGUUGACCCGAAGUGCCUGGCACAUUGAACUAAGUUUGGUAUUAGUCAUGAUGUCAGACAAUGUUUAGAGUGUCAACCCAACACCACCCCCUCCCACUUGAAAUGGCUAUAAGGAAUGCCACUGGUUGAGGUAUUUUUUAAUAAAAUGUAUUUUUAUUCAGUCCUGUCCACUGAUUGUGUUGGGAACUAAAACAGAUUUGUUAGAGGAGAGAGAAUGUGAUUAUAAAUCUGCUCUGAAAUGGGCAGACACUGAAAAAGGUUGGUUUUCUAAAUUCUGGUUUGCCUGAGUGAAUAACCCUUAGAGGUAACACAAUUUUCAAUACAUCAAAACAUUAGGUAUACACAAUGCAAUGUGGGUCAAUUAUGUAUAAAAGAUUAUUAAAUAGUUUGCUGUUUUAACCCAGAGUGGCAGCACUCUCCCCUUGACGAGUAACAUCGUCUGGUAUUAGACAGAGUAAAUUUAUAAUCAAGUACAUCUGGGUGCAUUGCCACAUGGGGGCCGGGUUAUAAACAAAUACAAUAUCUUAUAUUUUAUUUAGUAAAACUUUAUGAGAUAUGUGUUGGUGAUAGACAAGCAUUGAAAGAACCUCUCGUUUGGCUUGUCUCGCGAAUGGGAUGCCUGACAGGUACAUUUCAUUAAAUUUUAUUGACCAAUAUACCAUACAAUCCACCGUACAAUUUUACACUAUUUUCUGCUGUAAUUUCAGGCAAAAACUAUUUGACAACGGGUAAAUCAGAUGUCAAGAAAUUUCUGUCGAAGAAACGGCCAGGAAGUAGUAAAUCAUUGACGAAAGAGAACAGCAUCAGCGACUAA